GGUGGAUGGCUCGGCCCAACCGCUGCCUGUGUCACCGCGGAGGGGAGUGGGGCACAUUUUAGUAAACAAUAAACUCCCGACACCGACAGCAGGAACCGCGGGCGCCCCCCGGGGGGAGAGGGCUGAGCUGAGGGCACUGUGUGAUCGUCAGCUGAUGGCGGCGGCGGCUGUUAUUGUUCGGGAUUGAGAGCGAGUCCCCCUCCUCCACACACACACACACACCCCCCACCCCCGGCCUUGACACCCGGGGACACGGCGACGCGACACCCCUGGACCCCGCCGGGACACACCGCCGCCACCCCCGGCCUUCCCGCCCGGGACCCACGGCGGGGGAUUCCACUCCGGCUUCUCCAGACCCCAGGCCCCUCCUGCAGUCGGGCCCAAUGCUGGAUCUGGAAGUGGUGCCCGAGCGGUCACUGGGGAAUGAACGAUGGGAAUUCGCGCUCGGAAUGCCACUGGCUCAGGGGGUUGCAAUUCUCCAAAAGCACUGUCGGAUCAUCAAAAACGUGCAGGUUUUGUACAGCGAACAGUCACCGCUCAGCCACGACCUCAUUCUUAAUCUGACUCAGGAUGGAAUCAAACUACUUUUUGACGCUUACAACCAGAGACUAAAGGUGAUUGAAGUUUACGACUUGAGCAAAGUUAAAUUGAAAUACUGUGGUGUACACUUCAACUCUCAGGCUAUAGCUCCAACCAUAGAGCAGAUUGACCAGUCAUUUGGAGCAACUCACCCUGGAGUGUACAAUGCCGCUGAACAGCUUUUUCAUCUCAACUUUCGAGGGCUUUCCUUCUCCUUCCAACUGGACUCUUGGAAAGAAGCUCCUAAAUUUGAGCCCAAAUUUGCUCACGGCCUAGCCUCGCUGCAGAUCCCACAUGGUGCUACUGUGAAACGCAUGUACAUAUACACUGCAAACAGCCUACAAGACACAAAGGCUCCCUUGAUGCCACUGAGCUGUUUCUAUGGUAAUGUGUAUGCAGAGACUGUUGAGAUAUUGAGAGAUGCAAUUGGACCCUUGGGCCUCCGGCUGCGAUUGCUGACAGCAGGUUGUGGCCCUGGGGUGCUGGCAGAUACCAAGAUGCAUGUGUUUGAACGCUGUGUGUAUUUUGGUGAUUCCUGUCAGGAUGUGCUGGGUGCGCUGGGGUCACCACACAAAGUAUUCUACAAAUCGGAGGACAAGAUGAAAAUCCACUCUCCCUCCCCCCAUAAGCAGGUUCCUUCCAAGUGCAAUGACUACUUUUUCAACUACUUCACCCUGGGAGUGGACGUCCUGUUUGAUGCCACCAUGCAUCAGGUGAAGAAGUUUGUCCUCCAUACCAACUACCCAGGUCACUACAACUUCAACAUAUACCAUCGGUGUGAUUUCAAGAUACCACUAGCAGUUAAACGAGACAGCAGUAGUAGUGGUGAUUCCCACACUGAGCCCUGUACGGUAACCACACACAGCAAGUGGGAUGCAAUUCAGGAGAUGCUCGGACACCCCAUGGAAAAGCCAGUGGUCCUUCAUAGAUCCUCCUCAGCAAACAACACAAAUCCAUUUGGAUCGACUUUCUGCUUUGGACUGCAGCGCAUGAUCUUUGAGGUCAUGCAGAACAAUCACAUAGCGUCAGUGACACUAUAUGGCCCUCCUCGACCCAGCAGCCAAUCUCGAACCACAGAGCUGACCCAGUGAGCCUUGGUCGGGUUUGAACCAGCCAGAAUGCUAACGGUUUAGCACAGUGUGCCUUGAUUUGCUGCCAACAUUGUACAGAAGAGCACGAUCCAAUCCUCACCGGGCCCCAGGCCUCAACUUGAUAGGGGGUGUGGGUGGGUGGGUGAGUGCGGAGACUCUCUCCAUUGCUCGUCUUGGCCCCUUGGUGAUGGGGUAUGCAGCUCUGUGCUUGUGUUGUGCCAUUUUCUCUCCUCCAUUGUGCAGUGCGUUGGUCUCUGUGGGCUAUCCCACUCUGCAGAGGGCGAGGAGGGAGACACUCCACAGAGCUGCAGUCUUAACAAGCACAAGUUGUCUGAGCCUCACAUGGGCAGUGUUUCAGGUUUCUGUAAUAGGUGUACUGUAGUGCUGUGGUGCUCCAUACACUCACGUUUCUGUGUCCCAGCACGGUACGGAAAGACAGGCGUCUCUUGUCUAUCCAUCAGUUCAGGCACGGCAUCGCUUUGUAGCUUUAGACUGUAGCAUGUUUUCUAGAAAUCGUUCUAUCAUUUUGCACUACAUACACUUUAAUUACUUCAUUAAUGUGUUUUAUCCACUGAGGUGUGUCAGGGUAGAGUGCCAGCUAAUCGGGUGAGACUGGGGGGAGGCGGAGAGGACUCCAGUCCGUGCACACAGCCGGUCUUGCGACUCUGUGGGGGAGGUGUUCAGUUCACUUCACCCCAUCAUGUGGGAUUGAAUCCCAAUCCUUUCUGCCAUGUCUUGAAUCGCAUAUUAUUCAUUUGAUGCCAAAGACAUAUCGUCGACAUACGCUUUGUUUCUCUCCUCUGUGUUUCGUUGUCGCUCUAUGUGACGGAACUGCACACCCCAGCCUCGAGACUGCCCGCUGCCUGCCAGUCAGUCUGUAGAAGAGAUUGCACAUUGCAUGUGCUCAGUAAAGAGACGCCUCUCCUCUUCUUUGCGACGUUCUCCAGAGGUCUGUUUAUUCAUAGGAAGACGUGAAGGCACUUGGGCCAUUUCCUUCAUCGAAAUAGUGAGUGCUUUGUGCUUUUUUUUUUAAUACCAUUAAAAUCUCUUUUAGCCAUUUCCGCAUUUUUACAUACAUAGUACGUUGUAGGAACUUGUGAUAAAUAGACAACCGUGUGUUUACACUGUGUGUACAAAUCUGUAAAUAAAGCAUUUUGUAAUUUUAACAAGAUGUGCAGGGAGCCAGCCCACCUGUACAGUUUCAUGCUGAACAAUGAGAAGGUUGUAUUAUAAUCAAUGUUCGAACUCUGGACCAGUAGCAAAGAUGUGUGUUGAGGUGAUGCUUCGCAUUCUGUCUUCCUGUAAGAUUCCAGACUGUUGUACUCAACACAUGUGGAUGUUGUUUAAAGAUUUAUGUUACAGUUUACCUUCAGUGCUGAAACUGUUUCUCUUGUAGCUGUUGAUUUUUUUUUACUAAACUCGCUUAGUUUAGUGCCGUUUCCAGUUCUCUUUGCUUACCUACCCCAGCAACGGUCUGUGCCUCGUUUUUUUUCUUUUUCUUUUCUUUUGCAAAGCUCUCCUCUUGACUUUUAUUUAAAAAAAAAUAAAAAUGGGAAAAAAAUGCACAUUACAAGCAUGUAUUCUGCAAAGCAAAUAAAACCAACUCCAGUUCGCUGUU